GGGGGAGCCUAUGCCCACAGUAUUACUGUCGGAGAGGGUGACGUGAUCUCUGAAUGGCUGCCCUUGUGCAACAACGGCGUCCGGAAGAUUGCGGACGACACUGCGCACUGCUUCUUGAAUCUUUGGAUCGAGAAGACGAGCUGGCUUGGUGUCUUCUCCUUCUCGGUAGUGGCUUUGGACUUCACACUCUUUGUGGUUCUGUGCUUGUCUUUACCCUUCAAUUCAAACCCGCGGAUCUUUGCACUCUCGACCCAUGUCAGCUUCAUCAUGACUUUUGUGGAUCCUUCAGGAGACAGCUUCUCAACGGAGCCCACCUACGCUACAGAAUACCUGGAGAUGAUCGCCCUGGCCGCGAUGAUGGUGUUGUUCUGUUUCUUCAUACCUAAGCGCCGCUUCACUGGGACCGAGGCAGCUCAGGUCUGGGCUAGAGAGGCCACCGAACUGGCCAAAGUGCUGGUGAAGCACUUGCCGGACAGCCUUGAAGAGGUUUUGCGACUGAAGGCAAAGACGUGCCUGGAGACUGCCGAGACGACUUUGCAGGAAUUGAAGAAGAGCGUCAACUCCUCACGCUUUGAGCGCUUCGCUUGGCUGUGGGCCAACGAAGAACGACAUGAACGGCUGGAGCUCCUGCCCAGUUGUUUGCAUCGCUGUUUGCAGAGACUCCCAGCGAUUUACCAAGCUGCUGCUGCUUUGGAAUCUUCUGGGGGCCUCAGCCCAGAGCUGCACCAGUGCCUCGGACAGUGCUGCGAGGCAGCGUCUGCCAAGCUGGACGUUUUCUUUAUGCAGAAUGAUGGUGCUGAUGGUGAACCUUCUCCGGAAGAUGGUGCUGAUGCCUUCAAGGCAGCAGAACAGCAGUUUGCAGUUCUUUGGCACAUGGACAAGGAGCGUCAGCCGGAGGUUUGUGCCUUUGUCCUGGUGGUCCUGGGCGCUUUAGCGGAGCUCAACGAGGUGGUCUCGGACUUCCAGCGUUUCAGAGUUCCAUCGGCUGGCGUCUGCAGCUGUUGGAACCUCCUGGCCAAGUUCAAGACCUACAGUGCCGCGAUCCUUUUUCACAACGAGGACACCGAAGCCAUUCACCCCAGAUUUGUGGUGCGCAAUACGAUCUCAAUUUGCUUGGCGUUCAGUAUUGGAUGGCUGGGAAUUUGGAAUGUGAUGCCGAGCUACUCCUCGUAUGCAGCCUCCACCAUUGCAGUGAUUGUCUACACCUACACGGGUGCGACGUCCACGGUGACUCUACGCCGCUUGAGUGGGGUGGUGCUUGGGAAGGUGGCCGGCUCCAUCCUGCAGCUGGGCCUGGCCGUGAAGCAUGUUGCGUAUGUCAUGGCUUUUGCCACAGCUAUGUGGCUUGUUGUUGCCAUGACCUUUUUCCAAUACCUACAUGCGCCCGCUGACUUGGCAUCUGUCUAUGGCCUCACAGCGGCCUAUGCGGCUGCCAGUAUGAUUCCAAGCAAUGGGGUCUUGCGCGAGAUCACGCAGAACACACAGACCUCAGUGCUGCCAACCUUAAUGAACACUGUGGUGCAGACGGUCUUCGGCAUCGGUUUGAUGCUGGUGGUAGACACCUGCCUGGCCUCCAAGGCCACCAAGCAGGCAAGGCAACGCUUGGUGCGCGCCAUGGACCGGCUGCAACAUUAUUUGGUGGCUUGCGGAGACAGCCGGAUGCAAGCAGAGCAGCUUGAGGCCACGGAACGCCAGAGGACGGCCUUUGUGAAGGACUUAGACGCCUUGAAGGCUUUGCUUCCACAUGCGGCUGCAGAACCCGUCUACUGGUCCAAACCAUUUGAACUGGAGCUUUUCACCCAGUUGGAAGCAUGCCUGCGUCGAGUGGCCGAACAUAUGCUCAUGUUAUCCUGGUUGACCAAAUUGGCGGGGCAAGCCGUGCUUCCCAUGAAAUCUUGGUCGCAGCUGCACCGCUGUUGGCAUGCGCAUGUCUCACGCAGUUGGAGUGAGAUUUGUGGCAUUUGUAGGGGAAUGGCCGAGCCACGGAGAGAUGGCGAUGAACGCCUUCAAGAGAUUCUGAAGGAGUUGGCCGCGAACCUCUAUACCCUGCAAGUGGCAAACAAGGUGAACUUGCGCGUGCCCAACCUGAAGCUGCCCAAGGUGCCUGGUGCCGGCCUGCGCCGCUUGCUGCACAAGGAGGUGGGCCAACAGGCAGACACAGGUGGUUUUCAUCCCAAAGAGCCGACCACAAACCUUCCUACUUCGCCGACGACAGAUCGUCCACGAAGGACUAGAUGCAGAUUCUCCGCUGCUUCGCAGGGAUCGAGCCGCCGAGAGAGAGAGUGCAGAACCAGCAGACGAGACCAGCCAAGCAGCUGAAGCAGAUGCCGCCGAGGCAAUACCGGAUUCGGCGGCCUUGGAGGGCUGCAUCGCCGCUGCACGGGCUGAAGCAUUGGAACUGGAGACGGCCGAGACGCUGCCGCAUGAGUCGCCACUCUGCGCGAUAGACAUGGCGAGUCAACUCAUGCGUGGCUCACUGGAGGACAUCCGAACCAUCCAGCUAGCACUUCUGGAGUUUUGAAGACCUGAGAAACGCUGCACCCUCCCGAGCGGACGAUGGUGGUGAACGAGGCGCCCGCGCCUUCUCCGACCGAGCCGAAGACUCCUCGGACCCCGAGAUCUCGAAGGGCCGGUGGCACCGUGGCGUGGCGGUGACGCCGGGAAGCCCGCGUGGCGAAGCCUGGAAAAAGGAGCCGAAGAAGCUUGGGGCGAUCUGCGGCGAUCUGUCGGCCGAUCCGUUGGUUGUUCGAAGUUGGCCGACAUGCUUGGCUGUUGGGAGAAUUGGGUUUGUCGGUCUUGGAGAUGGCUUCUUUUGAACACAUUUACCUUUCCUUUUUGGGCAAUUUAGGAC